AUGGUGAGGAGUCUCAGUUCUGCCCAAAACUCCGCGGGAAUCCAAACGCUGCUCGAUGCCGAACGAGAGGCCCAGAAGAUUGUGCAGAAAUCCAGAGAAUACCGGACAAAGCGAGUGAAGGACGCUCGGAGUGAGGCACAGAAAGAGAUUGAGGAGUACAGAAGUCAGAAAGAGGCUGAGUUCAAGGCGUUUGAGAAGGAGCACAGCAGCGGCAACCAGAAAGCUGAAGAGGAUGCCAACAAGGAGGCCGAGGCGAAGGUGAAGGAGAUUAAGGGGAUUGGGAGCAAGACUGGCUCCAAGGUGGUGGAUCAGCUGCUUGCUGCCGUUAUAGAUGUCGAGCCUAAGCCACUCAGAUGAGAGCAUGUCGGACGUGAUAAGAACUACGGACCACCGGAAUCCAGGAGUUGGACAAUGUUAGCUCCCUGAUAGAGCGUUUACGGAGGACCCUGGUUAUCUGCUAUCCAUCAGGAAAGAGGAAUCCUUGUUCACAGUGCUGGCAUUCCAUUUUCGAAUGUACAAAGAUUACAAUUGCACAAUAAGGUGCUUAUUGAAGUUGUUAUCCGUUCUUGUAUUAUUCGUGAAUCAUCGAACAACAAUAAGAACCCAUGGAGAGUAUUUGAAGCAAUGUACGUAGCUUAGCAAUAUAGAGCGACAAUAUGAGACAGAAAGACCAAUCCU